AUGAUUGGUGAAAAAUCAUUCAGAAACUUAUAUAUCUUCUUAAAACAGAAUUGCUUCUCUUACUGUGUGAAAAGUGAUAAUAGUGUUAUAGAAAACAAUCAGUUAAUCUAUAUGGAUCUAGGUCAAAAUAUGUUACCGCUUGUGUGGGAGAGAGAUUUAUGUUUGGAUGUGUUUGGGGCACUCUCCAAACUUCAGGUUCUACAGCUGAAUAACACCUACCUUAGUGCUCUUCCAUAGGAGAUUUUUAGAGGUCUAACAUCUCAAAAAAUACUUAUUCUAGCUUCCAACCUGUUGUCUCAUCUUUCUCCUAGGCUUUUUCCACAAAGCCUAACAAACCUAAACUUAUCUGGAAACCAGCUGUUUUCCCCUGAGCCUGAAGUCUUUAUGACUUUGAGUAUUCUGGAUAUAACACAUAAUAACUAUGUCUGUAGUUGUACUUUAAAGAGCCUACUAGUGUGGCUAAAUGAAACCAAUGUAACCCUAACUGGCUCACAAUCUGACAGGUACUGCGUAUACCCACCUUCAUUUGAAGGAGUGUCACUGUCAUCUCAGACAUAUGAUGGUUGUGGUGAAGACAAACUCCAGCAGACACUCGGGUUCUCAUUAUUCAUCAUCUGCUCAGUCACUCUUCUCAUGUUUCUUGUGGCAGUCAUCAUUUUUGCUCACUGUCAGGGGAUUUGUUUUAUCUGGUAUAAAACUACCACAAGAAGAAUGAUAGACAGCCAUCCACAGGUAGCAGAUAAAAGUGAAUACAGAUAUCAUGUGUAUUUGUGCUACAGCAAAAAUGAUUUUGAGUGGGUCCAGAAUUGCUUGCUAAAGCACCUGUAUUCACAGUAUUUUGAUAAAAACAGAUUUACCUUGUGCUUUGAGGAAAGAGAUUUUUUGCCUGGGGAAGAACAUUUCAACAAUAUUAGUGAUGCCAUUUCUGACAGAAGGAAAACAAUUUGCAUUAUGAGCAGGCAGUUUCUCAAAGAUGGGUGGUAUCUUGAAGCCUUUAAUUUUUCCCAGAGCCCAUGUGAUAUGAAAGAAGUCCUCAUUAUGAUAGUGGUUGGGUCACUUUCUCAAUAUCAACUGAUGAAACACAAACCAAUUCGAAACUUCUUGCAAAGGAGUCAGUAUUUGUGGUGGCCUGAAGAUUAUCAAGAUAUAGACUGGUUUUUAAAUAACCUUUCUUACCAAAUUCUGAAGGAAAAAAUGCAAAGGAAAACCAGUGGUAUAGAGCUGCCGACCAUAGCAACAGUCUCACAUUGA